AUGGUAGUCGAUCCGCAUAAACCUAAAGCAGGGAAGGAUAGACCAUAUGUUGUCUUUUACUAUGAUGCUUGGAAUAUUAGUGAAGGAAUUAUAGUUGGAAUUUCUCUAGCAAUAGUAGCUAGCGUCGUCAUAAGUAUUGCCUUAAAUUUGCAGAAAUAUGCUCACAACCGCUUAAAGGAUUUCGAAGACCAAAAUUACUUAAAGAGUAAGAUAUGGUGGCUCGGGAUGAUAUUACUAGUUUCUGGUGAAUUCGGAAAUUUCAUAGCUUACGGUUUUGCACCAGCGACUAUUGUAGCACCACUAGGUGCUAUGACUAUAGUAGCAAAUGUUGUCAUUGCUCACGUUUUUCUGAAAGAAUUGUUAAGAGUACGAGAUUUAUUCGAUUCAAAGGAAUAUAGUAAAGUUGACAAAGAUGGUUCAGACUCAGAAGAGCUACUGCUUGGUGAAAAGAAAAAUGGAGAUAUUAAAAAAUAUGUCGGAGGAGAAGUUUUAACAUACUGUCAACCAGAAGUAGAAGAAGAAGAAGCAGAUAAAUUUAUUCCCAAGUCUGAUGUUCAUAAGCCGCAUCCAAUACAGCCAUAUACAAAGCCAUCAUCAUCUGCAGCAAUUACGCGUGGAAUCGUCCCUACAAAAGAAAAAAAUUAA